AUGCUCAAUCCCCUGGAGCAGAAAAACCACAUGUCUUCACUGGACCAAGUAGUGUUGUGCCUGAUGACCGCGCUAUGGUGCAGUAGAGGAGUGGUAGCGCAAUGCCCGAAUGGCAAUAGUACCAGUACUGGUGCUAGUACCAAUACCAGUACCAAUGCGACCUGCGCAGAAUCGAGAGCGACCUUAGUACCUUGCACCGCUGCUAACUGCACCCCGCCUGCUGAGAGCACCUCAAGGCUACUUCCAGGUGUUUCGGUCGCUUCCAACGAGACCUUCGAGAAACCUCUGUCUACGACCGCCCAGUUCUCCCCCAGUCCGUUCCUCGGGGUCAUCCCGGAGCGAAGUCAGCCUGGCUCUCUUGUAAUCGGGGAAGUUUUCCAGGACAGCAUUGCACCUCCAGCAGCCACUCCAAGGCAAAAGACGCUGGCCUUCCCGUCGAACCGGCCGGUGCAGGAGUACGCUCAUCCGCGGGACACCUACAGGGAGUACCAGCGACCGAGUGUGGAGAUACACGUCGGACCUGCCGAGAACGACUACGAUCGGCCAGAGUACGACAACUCGGGGCGGCCGUACGGCAGUCCGGACGUAGAUCUCACGGUACCGACAGGAUACGGCAAUCCGGAAGAGAUCCCUUCCAAACCGGACGGAGGCCGGCCGAUUACUGGCCCUAUUGGUGGCCACUACCCGAACCAAGUCGAAUAUAGCGGGUAUCCGGACAGGAAGCCAAAGCAACCGUACUACGAAGGAUAUGAGAACAUCAAGAAUCUCUUGAAGCCGGUCAAGAGCCCGCCGCCGUACCAGUUCGAGCCCAGCUUCGGGGCAGAGAAGCCGAUCCAGGAAGACAACGGGGAAGUGAACCACUACAGCCUGGCGUACCCUCCGGUCGGCGCCGAGGGAACUCCGGCGGCCUACAACCAGUACCUCUCCGAGCACGGAAAGGACUCCGGAAGCAAGUGGAAGAACGUGCUGAGGUUCGUGGCGAUCGUCCUUCCGUUCGGGCUGCUGUUGGCUGCAUUGUCUCCGAACAUCCUGGUCAUCAGUCCUGCCGAUGAAUCUGAAGGCACCGCGAAGAACCCUGGCCAUCGAUCUCUUCAGCAGGGCAGCCUCGGACCGUGUGGUUUGAGAAAGCUCUGCGAAGCGUUGUCCACUUCGCCGCAGGACUUCGAGGUGUUCCUCAAGGCGGCCAAGCAAGGAUCGACUCCAGAGCUGAAGGAUAUCAUCAAGAAGGCCGAAGAGAAGAACUGUUCCUCCUUGGGCUGCCUCGAGCUGAGGCCGACCCAUCCAACUGUCAGAUAA